GUCACAAAGUGUCUCUAUUGUAUUAAAAUACAUUUUACAAAAUGUUGUUAUUGUGCUUUUGUUUUUGAAAUUGAGGACACAAAUUCAUCGUUUCUUCCACUCUCAAAUUUCAUUAAAUAGUUGAGUCUGGAUUUAUUUCAAUUUGAAUCUGGUUGGCAAAUCCUGAAGCCAAAACAAAAUCAUCCAUUUGGUUAUAUAGUUAUAAAUCUCACAUUCUUGAUUUCGAGUCUCACUAUCCGCAAAAUAUUUCUACGUUCUUGACCAAAAAAAUAACAACAUGACAUCAAAAUAGAUCUCAAAUUUUGUCUUCUAUCAAAGUAGUGAUCAGAUGGCAGAUCGUUACCUCGCCAUUUUCUUCGUAUCUCUUUCUUGUCUUUAUCGAUCAUUUGAUGCGAGUGCUGGAGAUGUUGAUCCAUUAUACAGGGCAUGUAUUUCGCAAUGUGAAAAAACUGGAUGUGUUGGUGAAACAUGCUUCACACAUUGUGAAUACUCUGUAGAUGGUUCUUCCUCUGAUAAUCAGAAAGAGCCACUAUACCGGCAAUUGACACAAAGGGAUUGCCCAAAUGACUGCAAGUACCACUGCAUGCUUCAAAGAGAAAAAGAACGAGCUGCACUCGGAUUUGGUCCUGUGAAAUAUCAUGGUAAAUGGCCAUUUAAACGAGUGUUCGGACUUCAGGAGCCUGUUUCUGUUGCUUUCUCUGCACUUAACCUUGCAAUGCAUAUCCAAGGAUGGCUGUCCUUUUUCAAGCUACGAUCAAAGACGACAAAUAAAAGGAUAUCCUAUGAUUAUGCUGGUCUGUGGAACAUAUACGCCCUCUUGUCUGUGAAUUCAUGGUUCUGGAGUGUUGUCUCCCACAGUCGAGAUGUGGAAUUGACAGAAAAACUAGAUUACUCAUCUGCAGUGGCAUUACUUGGAUUUUCGCUUAUAAUAUCGAUACUAAGAUGUUUCAGUAUAAAGGAUGAGGCUACGAGAGUAUUGAUGUCUGCUCCACUGCUUGCCUUUACAACCACCCAUAUUUUGUACCUGAACAACUAUCAAAUGGACUAUGGAUGGAACAUAAAAGUUUGUGUUACAAUGGGUGUUGCUCAGCUUCUGAUUUGGGCAAUAUGGGCUGGAAUUAGUCAUCAUCCAUCCAAAUGGAAAAUAUGGACAGUGGUUUUAGGGGGUGGAUUUGGUAUGCUUUUAGAAAUUUAUGACUUUCCUCCAUAUGCAGGAAUAAUAGAUGCACAUUCUCUUUGGCAUGCUACAACAGUUCCUCUGGCUUAUAUUUGGUGGAGUUUUAUCCAAGAUGAUGCAAAGUACCAAACAAUUAACCCUAGAAUGAUUCGGGAGCAAUUUGGGGCAAAACGUGAAAGAUUUGAAGCUAAAACGAACAAAAUCGGGAAAGGAAGCAGUUGGGCGCCACAGGCAGUGCCUGGCGCCACCUGUGACGCUGAAAACAGUAGGCUCAAAAAUUGGGGCGCUAUGGAGGGCGCCUGGCGCCGGGCUGGGCAUCGGUGACGCGAAUCGUGUCCUAUUUUGCCCGGGACAAGUUUAUUUCGGCCCUAGACCUACCCAACUGAUAUAAAAGCAAGACUAAACCUAUUUUUGAGAGGAGAGACGCCACUUUGAAGUAGAGAUACACACGGGAUCGUGAGGAAGCGAAGAAUUCUCAGUUUUCUUCCUCUUUUUCUAGUAUUUCCAAUUGAUUCAACACUUAUGCAAUUGUUUGAUUACAUCAUGAGUGGCUAAACACCCAUUGUUCUGGGGUUGUGAUUUAGCCAUGAAUAUUGUUGUUUGAUAUUAGC